AACCAAACUUUUUAAGGCCCACGAAUAAAAGAAAGACUAAAGCUUGUUCGCUAGAACUCAGGGGAAGAGAAGAGUAGAAGGGGGAAUUGGGAAAGAUGCCGUUAAUGGAGAAGCUGAAAAUGUUCGUGGUUCAAGAGCCCAUCGUCGCUGCUUCCUGCCUUAUCGCUGGCGUGGGACUCUUUCUUCCAGCAGUUGUGAGGCCCAUGCUAGAUUCUUUUGAAACAAGCAAGAAAGUUCCACAGCCUGCUUUGAGUGAUGUGGUUGCUGGUAUGACUGGUAAGAAACAGGACUGAUCUGGUCUUAAGAGAUAAUUCCAGAGGUCUUUCUACAACUCCUUUGUAAUUCCAUGGUAGUCGGAGACUGAGAAUAAAUUUACGAAUUUUCAUUUAAUGUUUUAUUGGGUACACGUAGGUAGCAAAUUGAGCAGGUAAAGACAGAUUUGUUUUUUGAUACUCUUUGUCCUAAAUAUUACUCCUGUUUCAAUCUAUUUCCACAUUGUCAUAGCUUCUUUUAA